GGAAAUAUUUAAGAAAUUAUUUUUUCUGUUCUCCACUGAUUCAAACAGUUUGACAUUUGCACAUAAUUACCAUGGCACAGCCAUUUUAUGCAACGCAAGACGAAGUUGCUAAAGUCUUGCGACAGCGCGAGCCUAAUGCGCUGCGAAGAGAUCUUGCCGUUUUAAAGGUUCAACUCGUGGAAGCGACCAAAAAUCGUGUCGAUCCCAUGGCGAAACGAACGAGACCACUCGUGGAAUAUGUUCAAUCGUGCAGUGAUUGUGCAGAUCUAACUGACUUGUGGGAUUUUCAAGCUCGUGAUAAUAUUGCAAGUCUGGAGUGCCUUGUCCCAGAAAUUAUUAGUUUCUUCUUAACCCUUUGCACAACCCCAAUCAUUCGUCCUUUUGGUCUGCAGCUAGUCCAAGCGAUUUUGGGACGACAGUUAAGGUAUAUCAACCGCGGCGUCGCAUCAAUGCGGAUUCCACAAUGCAUAGCAACCUUCAAAGUACUCGAGGCCAUGUGCUCCAUCGGCCCAGCAGCCACCAAAGAAGUUUUCCAUACGUUUAAUUUUCAGACAGAGGGUUUCUCUCGAGCUGCGCGCUAUCGAAAGAAAGGCAAAAGCAAGAAUCCAAAUAGCUAUUUAUACGAUUUAAGAACAUCCUAUGUACAUUUUGUCCUUGCACUGUUUAAAUACGGAGACGCAGAUGUUAAGAAAGAGGCACUUGGUGUACGCAAUUUGGUGAAUGCAGUGUUUGGCGGAAUUGAUGAGGACGCAUAUCCGUUAGCGGAAGUAAUCUUGAAUACCACAAAAUCACACAUUAUCGAAGAUUAUUCAAUCCCACGACCAGUCAAAGCGUUCUUCUUCUCGUCAUAUAUAUUGGAAAAGAUUGCCAAAUUAUACGCACGGACGGAGCCCGAGUUAGUGACUGCAGAGGAAACCAAGAUUCCCGCCGAUUUGGCACACCAAUUCUUGAUAUCUGUAUGCACUGUACCAGGAUUCGGAUUGUGUUAUAAAGAUGACGGCUGGUAUCCGAUACCUAAUGCUGAGCAAGGCAAAGCUGCAGAGAAAGCGCAGAAUCGUGCUAUAGCAAAGUUCCUUACAUCUUUAAAGCCCUCGGACGACAUGCGACAGCAAGAAUUGGUUCGCAGGAUUUUGACCGCAUGUCCAGGAAUGGUGCAAGGAUAUUGGCAAGGGAUAUCAUUUUCUGUUGAACCACGACUUAGCAGUAAAUGGCUCGCCAACAUUGCUCUGUUGCAGAGAAUCGUUCGCUUACCGGUCCCAGCACUUUACUACGGAGACACCAAUCUAUAUCCAGCAUCUCCACCGACAAGCAGCGUCAUCCUCGACAGUAUUCUUCCAAAUAUUCUCGGACGAGCCGUUUCAACACGUGGAUUGAAAAAUGCCAGCCCUCUUGUCAGUUACGCUACCAUGCUUUUCUUGUCAGCAGCAUUCUUGAAAUACGCCGAUGUUCUUAAAGCAUUGGAAAAGGUUAUUUUGACGAUCGACAGUGAUGAAAGCAGCAAAAAAUGGCAAGAGUGCGUCGCUCAGGUCCGCGAAGGAUUUACUCGACGACUUCCCGACUUAUUGACCAUCGUUACCGUCUACCAACCAGCCGCAUCGUCAUCUUCAACAGUUGUAGAUAACGAAAUGAACGAUGAAUCAGGAGACAAUAUUGCUCUUCGGCACCAAAUGCUGUACGAUGCUGCACUCCGUUUAAUUAGUUAUUAUCAAAAAUACCUGCCAGAAACGUUUAUGGAAUCGACAGUGGACCCAGGCAAAUUCAUUCCAAGUGAUAUCCUAUCCAUGCGCCCAGAAUCGCUUGUGCAUCUUUUGCAGUUGUUAUUAAGCGUCUCUGAUUUCAAAUGGACAGGAAAAGCGGGCAAGGGAUCGUUCUCGCACAUCACAACACUGUUGACGCUUUACCUUCAAACACCAUACAAACAUAUCCGCGAAUUAACUAGCAAGUUGAUCAACCAGACAUUAUCCGACUCAUUCAUGUUCCGCCACGAUCCAGAUGAAGUACGGCCCUGGCUGGAAUCCAUGCCACGUAACUUUGCCACAGCCGGAAUGAGAGGAAAUGUUGCUCUUACAGGCGAACAGACAACGGUUUUGCAGUUCUUGGAUGAAUGUAUUGAACGCUUCAGUCGUUCGCAGUACCGGUACCUGGAUCAAGCUGUCGAUAUGCUCAACAAUGUCAACACGGAAUAUCUUCAACGGGAUGACAGCUCAGCAAUGCUUGGUCAACUUUUACGUUCCAGUGAUUCCAGCGAUUUCCCGUUCAGUCCUUUGCUGCUGACUCUUGUUCAACACAUACAAUCAUUCAAGGGCGAGAAGCGGCCAGUUAUGCGAUUUAUCACAAAGCUCAUUACGCUGCUUGUCUCUAAGCAAAAGGUACCAUUUUAUUUGGAGCAUGUAUGUCAGAGUCUGCAAAGUCAGGUGAACGAGUUCGAAAACCAAAAGACAACCCCAUUACUUUCAAAAGAAUGGAGUGUUUUGGACAUGGCUCAACAAACACAAGAAUGUUUACUUGGGGCGCAUCAAGAUGAAAAAGCCACAGUGUUUGGCAAUACCAAUGACAAAAAUACACAGCUGGAAGCCUUGAUUUCUGAUGAAGCGGCCACUGGCACCAAGGAAAAACAACAAUCAUUGAUUGAUAUCCUGCAAGAACUAUCAGUCGUUGAGCUGAAUAAGUACCUUGGUGCAAUCACGGAUCUAUGCGCCAACAAGCUGGAUCUGGCAUCCUUUGAGCCCCUAGUCGACUAUCUCUCAGAGCGCCACCCACGAGCAGGAAGCCUGUUUGACUAUGACGACAUCCGCUCCGUUAAAUCUCUUGAAAUAGAAGGGAACUCCGUUGUUGGCUUGAUCACAGCGAUUCCCUUUGCCACCUUGUUCCACAACACUUGGACGCGCUGUGACAAGAAUCCGGUUGCCAUAGAAGCUAUGCGACACGCCAUGAUCAAUAUGGAUUGGCAGCAGUUGACGACUAUCCAAACGUUAGUUUUGGAAAAACUCUCGGUUCUGACAGCAUCCAGUGAAUCCAGCAAUAAUGGGCCGUUAAACAUCGCCUUUGUACUAUUACGACACACACUUACGAUGCUAGAUAAGAAGGAUGAUCCUAAAGGCUUGGCACAACUUAAAGAUGCAUUGCUGGCUCAUCCUGUUCUUAUUGAGUUGAGCGAUCGAUUUUUAGCACAAGUGAAGUACUUGGCAUCGCAAGAGUAUCAAAACUUGGACGCAGAGUUUGUCCACAUCGCCAUCAAGAAUUUGGACCUUUUCGGACAGAAGCGUGUCUCCAAAGAACUCGUUAGCCACCUCGUUAAAUUGGACUAUGCAUCGUUUACACAAUACUGCCAAGUGAACCAACAGAGUCAGCUCCAAUCCGAUGUCGGCCGGUUAUUAAUUGCUCUCGUUGACGACCUUUCGCGACAGAAAAUCGAGUUACCUGACGAAGCAUUCAUCAUCGUCACCAAAGUUUGGGAAUCACGCACUUAUCAAGACAACGAUAUCCUCUCUUUACUUGACGCGUGCGCAUCGAAUCCUACGGCCAUAUCGAUCCUCCUUACAACAUGCAGUACACUCGUUGUCCAACAUAUUCUUGCAGGAUACCAAUGCAAUAUCGACAUAUCUCUUGUCGCUGAAGCAUGUACAACGUCUUCUGUCGACAUACCGAAGCUUGUGGUGCAGUCUCUCGAUAAGAAUAUACCCAUGACAUCGCAGCUUGUAGACAUUGUACAAAUGGCGUGCGAAAGUAGCAAUAACAACGAAUUUUUACAACCGUUUUUGAAAACGGUCCUACCUCGUCUGGCAGCAAGCGCCAAUCCGGAUAAUGCAUCGUCGACCGAGGUUUCUGUAAAUUUUUAUGAUCGCCUUAUCGAACUGAUGCGCGCAAGCGAUUUCGACUGGACAACGAUCGAUGGUGAAAUCGUACGCGACUACAUUUUAAACACGGUACUUGACAACAUUGCCGAUGCUGCUGCCAUCCGUUUUACAAGUACCUUGGUCGCAAAGGCAUAUGAAAAUUACGGCAAGCAUGAACCAAUCGAGACCUAUAUCCGUCGCGUGCUGGAUCACGACAAGUAUCAAAAGUUAACUAACCCAACGACGACCAGAGAAAAUGCAAAUGAACGUGCGGCUAUCAUCAAGCUGAUUCAUGCUCUGAACGCAAUCCAACCUGAAAUCCUGGCCAAUCAACACGGUUUGCUCGAUCAGCUGCUAACCAGCUAUGGUGCCACAACCUCAGAGCCCGACCGGCUGAUACUGGAAAUUUUGAGGUCAUGCGAGGCCCGGGGUCGCACUACGAUCCUACCAAAGAUGCUUAUGUGGGGUCCGGGCUCUGAUCGGAACCGCCAAGCACAUGCACAAGCGGGUACAUUGCUUCAUGCUGACACCAUUUCCAUGGAAACUCUUGGAUCAAUCGACCCAGCCUUGAUGCAGCGAACCUUUAUGCAGUUUCCAGUCGACGUUACUUUGGGUGCACCCGCAACAUCGGAGGAACAUGAAGAAGACGAAGCAAUAUACGAUCCCUCGUUCUUCUUACCGCUGUUUGCAAAUCUGAUAUCAAGCGGAGCGAUAGAUUGUCGAAAGUUUAUCGAUUGUAACGCGUUUGGCUUAGUCACGGUGUCACUUUCAUCAGUGGAUGAUCAAGUACGAAUGUUGGGAUACCAGAUGAUGGACCAGUUUUAUGACAUGGUGCAGCAUGUCAGAUUUCACGAGGACCGAGAAGUCAAACUACUUCUGAACGGACUAAAGAAUUCCAUUAUGGAUCGAUCGGGGUCGGAUGUUCCACCACGUAUUCCUCCAACGGUGACUGUGUGCGUUGCACAGGCACUUACAAUUCUGAUGCAGCCUGGCCACUACAUGUAUCCUCAUAUUACAAGAUGGAUUUUGCGCACACCAAGCUUUGAUAUGAACUUUGUGCCAAUGUUUACAUUCUUAUUUACAUCAGCAACCGCUACUCACAAGAAGGAACGUCUGUGGCUCCUACAUGUGCUAUCUUCGUCAAUAUGGACACGUGAGGACUACAAAAUAUUCUCCCGCAACCGAGUCUGGGACUUGGUUGCGACCUUCUACAAUUCCGCAUUGGCUGAUCACACAAGCAAAAAAGCCGUCGUUGAGAUCGUGUCGCGAGCAAUCCGCAUCCCGGAUAUUGCUGUCAGCCUCAUCCGGAAUCAUGGCCUUAUAGCAUGGAUUGAGCAGAUCUUGGCUCUAUCGCAGGAGAAGGAAGAGAUCAAUACUUGGUCCAACCUGCUGGAACACGCACUGAAGAGCACACAAGUUCGCUUUGACCAUCAACUCCCAAUGCCCCUUCAACCACUUAUUGAAAACAAAUGAAUAGAAAACCAAU